GUUUGCGCCAAGUCAGGUUCCCACCCGGACUCAUUUUUUCGGGUUCCAGGAUGUGAGGAGUGUAUAACUCCAUUUUCCGGAACUGUGCCUUUCCGCGAAUCCCUGUCCUUGAAGUUUAGCUUGCCUUUUUACUGGCGCGACGCUGGCAAUGCCAAGGAUUGAACCCAGGGAUCCCUGUGUCCUAGACAGUCACUCUGCUUUGGAUCUAUACUCCCAGGCCCUUUAUUUAAAAGCAGCAUGCUUCUGAUGUAAACCCUCCACUUAGAUGUAAAAAUACAAUAAUCAGAACUGCUUGACAUCUUCCUGAACAAGACUCAAUAGGGGCCAGUAUGCUUCACUUCAUCCAGAGGUUUUCUCAAGCAUCUUCAAAGAUGCUGAAGUACCCAUUCACAAUGAGCAUGGGAACCAGAAGGAGAAUAGAUAUACUUUCUCUCAAAUCAUCUCUUCAUCAGAACUUAUUCCUUUUGUUUCCUACAUCUUGUGUUUUCCCAUCAUUUCCAGUAUGUAUGAGCAAGACACGAUGGUAUCAUACAUCCCCAUGCAGCUUUAAGAAGAAGCAGAAGCAAGUAGUACUUCCAGCCAGGCCACCGAGCACCAUCACUUACCUGCCUGACAGCCCAAAGCCAGCAUUAUAUAUAACUUUGGCAGGGCUAAUCCCUUUCAUUGCUCCACCAUUGAUCAUGGUCAUGACCAAGACUUAUAUCCCUGAAUUAGCUUUUACUCAGAUGGCUUAUGGAGCCAGUUUCCUAUCUUUCUUGGGAGGAGUAAGAUGGGGUUUUGCUCUGCCAGAAGGUAGUCCAGCUAAACCAGACUACCUUAAUUUAGCUAAUAGUGCAACUCCUGUUGUGUUUUCAUGGUUUGCCAUCCUUUUUUCUGAAGGACUCAGUGAAGCCAUAGUCUUAGUAAUAAUAGGUUUGGGGAUAGCAUUACAUGUUGAACUUUUUCUCUUGCCACAUUAUCCCAACUGGUUCAAGGCUCUAAGAAUACUUGUCACUUUAGUGGCUUUUUUUUCAUUUGUAGUCACAUUACUACUUAAAGAUAUUUAUCCAGAGAAAGGACCCAAGUAGAAUAAAUAUAAAACUAUUUGGUCAAGUAGAAUAAAUAUAAAACUAUUUUGUAAAGUUGCAUUUUGGCAUGACCUUUUAUCUCUGUUUGGCUUUUUCCCCUUCACUAGCAGUGGUAGUUCUUUAUAUGUUGUUUUUCAUUUCUAAAAAUUAUUUCAUAGUAAUUGCUUGAGAAAGAACAGGAAAAUUCCUAACAGGUCUUUGUCAUGCCAUAUUAGGUUGAUUUACAUUCAGUCUUUUUAUGAAUGAUAUGUCAUCCACUUAAACAUUUCAAUGUUUGAUCUUGAAAAAUGUAAAAUAAAAAAGCAAGACCCUGGGUUUGAUCCUCAGUACCACAUAGAAAAAUAAGUAAAUAAAAUAAAGUUUUUUUUUAAUCCUG